CCGAACUCGGUCAGUCAGAAUCAGCAUUUGUAUAAGCGAAAAACGGCCUGGACUCGGCAACCCGUUCGUGGCUGGCAACCAGGCCAUCAGUAGGCUUUGACCUAAAGUUAGUACAAAAAGACAAACGCGUACUUGGAUCCUUCAAACGAACUUGGAUUAGUAGCCACGUGGAACGGUGCGGAACCUUUCGGAGUGGAAUUUAUUAACAAAGUGCCGUAUAAUUUGUAAUUAGAAAGUACAAAACUCUCAAAACUUCAGGGAGUGCUUCAGAACGGAACAGAACUUCAGUCAGAGCACAACAAUGAGUCCAGUCCAGUCAUCGGUGAUACUAGCUAGUGCGAUAGUUUUAAGUGCUUUGGUUAGCGUGGCGAAUAGUGCUUUGCCCAGCCAGUUCAAAUUGUGCUCCCGCAAUGACCCCAAGGUGGAGCAGUGCAUCAUCAGCGCGGUGGACCACAUCCGCAAGAACCUGGCCGAGGGCGAUUUCGGCGAGGGCUUCGACGUGCCCAAGCUGGAACCGCUGUACGUGGAGCAGAUGAAGAUGCAGCGGGGUCAGGACUUUCAGGCGGUUUUCAACAAGCUGAACGUUUACGGCGCCAGCACGUUCAAAAUCGAUCGGUUGCAGUCUAAACCAUCGAAUUUGUCCUUUGACUUGGUCACGAGUAUACCGAAGCUUAACGUUACGGGAAAAUAUUCGCUGAAAAUGAAACUGCUGUUCCUGGAAUUGCAAGGAAAGGGAGACAUCAAGGGGAUGUUGACCAAUACAAAGCUGUCUAUUAAAAUCCGUGGCUAUACGGAGACCAACAAAACCGCCGCUAACGGAACCGUCACCAACGGAACCGCCUCCAACGGAACGGACAGCAAGCAGUACGUGCGGUUUAACCGGCUCGGCAUUCGGCUGAAGAUCGAGGGCGGUCGGUUCCAGCUGGACAAUCUGUUCAACGGCGAUCCGGUGCUGGGCCAGGUCGGCAAUCAGGUCAUCAACGAUAAUUCGCGGCUGUUUUUGGACGAGCUGAUCCCGGGGCUGGAGCGGAACCUGAGUCGGUUGUUCACGGAGAUUGUUAAUAACUUGCUCAGGACGGCCACGAUUGACGAGAUGUUUCCCGAGAAGGUCUGAUGAGGAGGAUUUUGGAGAAGCUGAUGAGGGUGGUCCCAGUUGGACUAGGACCGCUGGAGAGUGUCUUACGCUUGCAUGUUUAAUUGUGAUUUAUGUUGUAUUUGUCUACGUACAAUUUAUUAAAAAGUAAAUUUUGUGCAUUUUUUUAA